ACGUGUUCAAAUUAAGAUGAGGCGGGAGAAAAAUCACAUUUCUUCGCUUCUCUUCUAGGGUUUAUCUUUCUACCCUAACCAGUGGCAGUGGAGACGGAUUUUAAGCACACAGGAAAGUUUCCAUCAAAUCUUUAACACCAUCAGGCAUCCAAUUAAAUCAACGGAGCAUCUCUCUUACAAAACCCUAAAAAAAGCCCCAAAAUCUACAUAUGUGAAGCAUAAAUCAGCUUCAAAUGGCUGUAAGUAUGAAAUCUGGUGCAGGAAUUGGUGGUAAUUUUGUUCUUACUCCACACAAAGUUUCAGUAUGCAUCCUCUUACAGAUUUAUGUACCACCAGAUCAAGUGUCUGUGCCCUUUCCAUUCACCUCAGUUUCUCAACACAAUCGCCUCGGUUUGUUCUUGCUAGCUCUCACUAAGUCCUGUGAUGAUAUUAUGGAGCCACAGUUAGAUGAGUUAAUAAAUCAAUUGAAGGAAACUGGAGGAGAAUUAUAUCAUUGGUUAAAUGAAAAAUUAACACACAAACUUUCAUCUCUAUCUUCACCUGAUGACUUGUUUAACUUGUUUGGUGAUCUUCAAGGUGUCCUUGGAGGCCCAGAAUCAAGUGGUGUGGUUGAUGAUCAGAUCAUUUUGGAUCCAAGUAGUCACCUGGGGAUAUUUCUGAGGCGUUGCUUGCUUGCAUUUAGUCUGUUGUCAUUUGAGGGUGUUUGCCACCUGUUGACCAACAUAGAGACAUAUGCUAAGGAAGCCCUCUCAUCUUGCUCCAAUUAUGGUUUGCCUGAUGAAGAUAAUGAUCUCGAAGAGAUGUUGGAAUAUGAGGACACUAAUCUCGAGAGUUUUCUUGGUAAAGUUGCUGAAGAUAUUGAUGCUAAAAUUAGAGUUGCAGAAACUUUUCCGUUCCACAUUCAUGCACCUAAAUCACUUCUUGGAUUGGUAGAAGAAGAGCUACACUCUGAGUCAAAGAUUAAGCACACCGGUGCAGGUGGACAUUCUAGUGACUUUGCACAUGAGCCAACUGAUGCACUGAGAGGCAGUGAUAACAGCGGUGGCCUUUUCUUACGCAUGAACUGGCAAGUGCAAGGGUACUUAAGAGAGCAAGCUGAUUUGAUUGAGAAGCAUGGUAGUUCGUUUUCCUUGAAUGCUUUUGAGUCUAUCCUACAGCAGGUUCAAAAAUUGGCUCCAGAACUGCACCGUGUUCACUACUUGCGUUACUUGAAUAAUCUUUAUCAUGAAGAUUACCCUGCUGCGUUAGAAAACCUUCACUGCUAUUUUGAUUACAGUGCAGGGGCGGAAGGGAUUGAUAUUACUGCAUCUUCUCCUUUAGGUAGUUUUGGAAGGUACGGAAUUGCUUUGUUGUGCUUGGGCAUGAUGCAUUCUCAUUUUGGGCAUCCUAAACAGGCAUUAGAGGUCCUAACUGAAGCAGUACGGGUUUCUCAACAGCAUAAUGAUGAUACUUGUCUUUCAUACACCUUAGCAGCUAUCUGCAAUCUAAUGUCAGAGAUUGGUAUUUCAAGUGCAAGAGGAAUAAUUGGCUCAUCAUAUUCUCCUUUGACUAGUUUUGGUACUUCACUGCCCAUCCAGCAGCAGCUACUAGUUCUCCUGAGAAGAUCACUAAAUAGAGCCGAGGAUUUAAAGCUAACACGGCUGGUGGCUUCAAACCGCCUGGCAAUGGCAAAAUUUGAUCUAACGCAUAUUCAAAGGCCAUUAUUGUCAUUUGGUCCCAAAUCCUCUACAAAGCUCAAAACUUGUCCUGCUAGUGUUCUGAAGGAACUCAGGUUAAGCUCUUAUUUGCUUGGUGAGUUUGGAUCAGAUGGCUCGUCGCUUGAAAUUGAUGGUGUUUUUAGUACUGCAUGGCUUAAGAAUCUGCAUAGACCAAUGGCCUCGUCAGUUCUGUUGGAAGAAAAUGAACCUGAGAGCGGUUAUGAUGCCUUCCGAUUUGGUACACAACCAAGCUCCAUUCCCGGGUCUGUACUGCAAUUAGCUGGUUCUUCAUACCUUUUGAGAGCUACCGCGUGGGAGCUCUAUGGCAGUGCUCCCCUCGCCCGACUGAAUGCACUGGUUCAUGCUACUUGUUUUGCUGAUGCUUCCAGUUCCUCUGAUGUAGCUCUAGCAUAUGUCAAACUUAUCCAACAUCAAGCAGUAUUUAAAGGAUAUAAAGAAGCAUUUUCUGCUCUGGAAAUGGCUGAAGGGAAAUUGUUUUCGGUGGCCAAAUCGCGUAUCCAGCUGCUUAAGCUUCAACUGCUUCAUGAGCGCGCUUUACAUCGAGGAAAUCUGAAGGUAGCACAACGAGUAUGUGAUGAAUUUGGAUCGUUGGCUUCAUCUGUUACGGGUGUAGACAUGGAGCUGAAAACGGAAGCAAGCCUUCGCCAUGCACGUACGCUGCUAGCAGCCAACCAGUUUAGCCAGGCUGCAGCUAUAGCACACUCACUAUUCUGCACGUGCUAUAAGUUCAAUCUACAGGUUGAGAAUGCCACAUGUCUUCUCAUGCUCGCCGAGAUUCACAAGAAAUCAGGAAAUGCCGUCUUAGGCCUACCUUACGCAUUAGCAAGCCUUUCAUUUUGCCAAUCGUUCAACUUGGAUCUUCUUGAAGCAUCAGCCACUCUGACACUUGCAGACUUAUGGUUGUCCCUUGGAUCAAACCAUGCUAAACGAGCACUGACCCUUAUACAUCGAGCUCUCCCAAUGAUUCUUGGUAACGGAGGGUUGGAGCUGCGUGCCCGAGCCAAUAUUGCAGUUGCAAAAUGCAAUUUAUCAGAUCCAAGUUUUUCAGGAAGUUUAAAGGUACUUCUGGAAAGAAUAUGGAGAGAGCAGUGGUGCAGUGUUACCAGAUGUUGGGGAGAGAAGCGUGGGUGUCUCAGUGAGAACUCAGUUUCUGAAGAUUCUGAAAUGGUGUUGGAUUCUUUGAAGCAAGCUGCUGAGGAGCUCCAAAUUUUAGAGUAUAAUGAAAUGGCAGCCGAAGCGUUCUAUUUGAUGGCCAUGGUCUACGACAAGCUUGGUCAACUGGAAGAACGAGAAGAAGCUGCAUCUUCUUUCAAGAAACACGUGAUUGCUUUUGAAAAACCGCAGGAUGACAACAAUCUGCUGUUUUAAAUGGCGUUAUAAGAGGACAGGCUGAGAUCUCAUCGACUUUUGUUAGUUUUUUUGUACACUGUUAACAACAUUUUAUCAGAUUAAUUGAUUUUUUAUUUUGGGUUGUGGGGUAGGGCUAGUUUUUUUUUUUUUCUUUUCCAGAGGUAUAGAAAAGGCUUUUCACCAUCGACAAAUGAUGUAUUUGGGGAUGUGGGGAGUAUGUAUUAUUAUUAAUGUACAAUGUAAUUAGUGCCAUACAAGAUGGGGAAUGCACCGAACUAUUUCCAUACUAAUCAAUGGUGCUUCGGCUCCUAGAUUUAGACCUCAAAGGGUCGAGGCAAGGGGACCCAUUGACCCCGUUUUUGUUUGUACUAGUGGCAGAAAUCUUCUCUAAGCCGAUGGAAACAGCUAUGGAAAUCAACAUGUUCAGAGGUUUCAGAAUUAAUGCACUUGUAUUCUUGGAUGCCAGAGAACUUGAAAUCUUUACAAGUAUCUGAAUCUAUUAGGAGUGAAUCUUAACAAAAGCUCGGUGGUGAGCAUUGGAGUUGACAGGAAAAUAAAGGUUCUAGCAGAGAUCCUAAAUUAUGGUGUUGAACUAGCACAUGUGAUGUGAAUCAUGUGAUCAUUGAGAAGUUUCUGAAGUUAGCUCCAUGGAGAAGAAGAUUGUUCUCCAAGCCUCUCAUGGUCUAGAAUCUGGGUAAUGGCCAAUCAGGCUCAUGGGAGGGAAUUUUGGAACAGUAUACAGGCUAAACACAAAGUGGAGCUAGACUUCACUACAACUGUUGAGAAUGAGGUUUUUGAAAGGCAGUACUUCCUUGAAACCAGCUUUCCCAAAGGGCGAAGGCAUUUAGUUUGGCAGAAAAUAGAGAGGGAAUGAGAUUCUCUAAGCGAAAAACAAAGGAAUGGAGGUCCGGCCUUUGUUGUUCUUUACUCAGUU